AUGAGUCGACUUAAUGGAAAGGUUAUCAUUGUGACCGGGGGCGGUGCUGGAUUUGGGCGUGCAAUUGUGCUGAAACUCGUCCGUGAAGGCGCUCGCGUCCUGGCGGUAGACUUGAAUGGAGCUGAAGCUGAGCAGACGGUCAUAUUAUGCCCGCCCGCCUCGUGCCACGCUUGUACAGCAGACGUUACCCUCGAGUCGUCGUGGCGCCAGAUUCUCUCCACGGCGCGCAGUCUCUUCGUUGACCGGCUUGACGUCGUUGUGAACUGUGCAGGAGUGAUCCACGGUGCAGCACCGUCGCACGAGGUCCCCGAAGAGCAAUUCGACUUUAUGUUCAAGGUCAACGUGAAGCCACUGUACUUGAGCACCAAAGUCAUUGUGCCGUGGUGGAAGGAGAGGAAAUGCCCCGGCCUAUUCAUCAACCUAAGCAGCACCAGUGAACCGAGACCCCGUCCGUACUUUGUAUGGUACGCAGCUAGCAAAGGCGCCGUGACAGCUGCGACGAAAGGUCUUGCGGCAGAGUAUGCCUCUGAUGGCAUUCGGUAUAAUUGCAUUCGACCUUCAAUAGGGGAGACAGCCAUGCUAUCCAAGGUGCUUGGAGACCCCGACAGCUCGGAUUCUGACCGUCGCGAAAAGAUCUUGGGUUCGAUACCGCUGGGUCGUGUUUGCAAACCGGAAGAUGUGGCGAACAUUACUUCUUUCCUCGCCUCGGACGAAGCAAGCUACAUCACUGGCGCAGCGUUCGACGUCGAUGGCGGAAGAGGAGUGAGUUGA